CCGCGUGUGCGUGGUUGGAAGGCAGGGCGGCGUGGCUGGCUGGCUCUGCCUCGCCUCCCCCGAGAAACCGGGGCAUUUCCGCGCGCGGUGCCCGCCCUGCGUAGGUCACAAUAAUCGCCCCUCCAACGCUGCUGCUCAAGCUUUGCAAGGAGGAGGAAGCCCUGCGGCAGCGGCGGGGUUGUUGGGCGAUGUAAGGCGGGGAGGCUCCCCCACUCCCACCCUCCUCCUGCCUUGCCUUGCCUCUCGCUCGCCGCCUUUUCCAACCCCUUUUCCCCGUCCCCUCCUCUCCUGGAGCCGCCCCGCCGCCGCCGCCGCCGCCGCCGCUGCCUCCUCCGCCAGCUCUCCUUACUCUCUUCCCUUCCCUUCCUUCCUUCCUCCCUUCCCCGCCAUGCCGGACCAGAUCUCCGUGUCGGAAUUCGUCUGCGAGACCAAUGAGGAUUACAAGGCGCCCACCGCCUCCAACUUCACCACCCGGAUGGCUCAGUGCCGGAACACCGUGACGGCCAUCGAGGAGGCCCUGGAUGUUGACCGAACUGUUCUUUAUAAGAUGAAAAAAUCUGUAAAAGCCAUAAAUGUUUCUGGUUUGGCGCAUGUGGAAAAUGAAGAACAGUACACUCAAGCUUUGGAGAAAUUUGGAGGCAACUGCGUCUGUAGGGAUGAUCCAGAUUUAGGAACAGCAUUUUUAAAAUUUGCUGUAUUUACAAAGGAAUUGACAGCACUCUUCAAAAACCUGAUCCAGAACAUGAACAAUAUAAUCACGUUUCCACUGGACAGUUUGCUCAAGGGAGAUCUAAAAGGCGUAAAAGGGGAUUUGAAGAAGACGUUUGAUAAAGCAUGGAAAGACUACGAAACCAAAGUGACAAAAAUAGAAAAAGAGAAAAAAGAACACGCUAAGUUACAUGGAAUGAUUCGUACAGAAAUUAGCGGGGCCGAAAUAGCAGAAGAGAUGGAAAAAGAGCGAAGAUUCUUCCAAUUGCAGAUGUGCGAGUAUCUGCUGAAAGUCAAUGAAAUCAAGAUUAAAAAAGGAGUUGACUUGCUUCAAAAUCUAAUCAAGUAUUUCCACGCGCAGUGCAAUUUCUUUCAGGAUGGCCUGAAAGCAGUUGAAAGCCUCAAACCCUCGAUAGAAAAGCUCUCAACAGAUCUUCACACUAUAAAGCAAGUGCAGGAUGAAGAAAGGAAGCAAUUAAUUCAACUUAGGGAUAUUUUAAAAUCCGCACUGCAGGUUGAUCAGAAAGAGGAUUCCCAACUCCGUCAAAGUACAACGUACAGUUUACACCAACCUCAGGGAAAUAAGGAGCAUGGCACGGAAAGAGACGGCAGCCUCUAUAAGAAAAGUGAUGGGAUCAGGAAGGUGUGGCAGAAGAGAAAGUGCAUUGUUAAAAAUGGCUUCCUAACUAUUUCCCAUGGUACAGCAAACCGACCUCCUGCAAAGCUCAAUCUCUUAACUUGCCAAGUGAAAACAAAUCCAGAAGAGAAAAAAUGUUUUGACCUCAUAUCACAUGACAGAACAUAUCAUUUUCAAGCAGAGGAUGAACAGGACUGUCAAAUUUGGAUAUCUGUGCUGCAGAAUAGUAAAGAAGAAGCUUUAAAUAACGCCUUCAAAGGUGACGAUAACACGGGAGAAAACAACAUUGUCCAAGAACUGACAAAAGAAAUAAUAUCUGACGUGCAAAGAAUGCCUGGAAAUGACAUGUGUUGUGACUGUGGUGCGCAAGAUCCAACCUGGCUCUCAACAAAUUUGGGCAUUUUGACUUGCAUUGAAUGUUCAGGAAUACAUCGAGAACUUGGGGUCCACUAUUCCAGAAUGCAGUCCCUUACAUUAGAUGUGCUGGGUACAUCUGAAUUGCUGCUUGCUAAGAAUAUCGGGAAUGCAGGAUUUAAUGAGAUUAUGGAAUUUUGUCUGCCAGCAGAUGAACUAGUCAAACCGAAUCCAAGUAGCGAUAUGAAUGCUAGAAAAGAUUAUAUUAAUGCCAAAUAUAUUGAAAGAAAAUAUGCAAGGAAAAAAUACACUGAUAAUGUGGCCAAGCUGCAAAACCUUUGUGAAGCAGUCAGAGCAAGAGACAUCUUUGGACUCGUUCAAGUGUAUGCUGACGGGGUGGAUCUCACCGAGAAAAUCCCAUUAGCAAAUGGUCAUGAACAAGAGGAAACUGCCCUUCAUCUUGCGGUGCGAUCGGUAGAUCGGACUUCACUUCACAUAGUUGACUUCUUGGUACAGAACAGUGGCAAUCUUGACAAGCAGACUUGUAAAGGCAGCACAGCUCUGCAUUACUGCUGUUUAACAGAUAAUGUGGAGUGCCUGAAACUGCUGCUGAGAGGGAAGGCUUCAGUUGAAAUAGCAAAUGAAGCUGGAGAAACGCCACUUGACAUAGCUAAACGCUUAAAGCAUGCACACUGUGAAGAGCUGCUUACUCAGGCUCUGGCUGGAAGGCUUAAUUCUCAUGUUCACGUAGAAUAUGAAUGGCGGUUACUUCACGAAGACUUGGAUGAAAGUGACGAUGACGUGGAUGAAAAACUGCAGCAAGCCAGCCCUAGUCGAAGAGAGGACAGACCUGUAAGUUUCUAUCAGCUAGGAUCAAGCCAGCUUCAGCCUAACGUCGCCUCUCUGGCAAGAGACGCUGCCAACGUAGCCAAGGACAAGCAGAGAGGUUUUAUGCCAAGCCUAUUGCAAAAUGAGACUUAUGGGGCCGUUCUCAGUAGCAGCCCACCUCCCGUUCAACCUGCAGCACCUGUCACCAAUGCACCACCUUUGCCACCCAGGAAUAUUGGGAAAGUUCAGUCUUCAUUUCUUGGCAGUGCUGUUCAGACAACUCCUUCAUCGAACACACUGUGGAAGACAAAUUCUUUAGGAAUGGAAAGCAUAAGCAGGCAAAGGUCUUCAUCCGAUCCACCAACUGUCCAUCCCCCUGUUCCACCAUUGCGUGUAACAUCUACAAACAUCCUCUCUUCAGCACCUCCAGCUGCAAAGGCAGCCUGUGGUUUUGAAGCUUUGAACCAGCAGUCAAAACAGCCAACUCUACCACAGACCAAACCUACUCCACCACCACUUCCUCCGCAGCCUCCAAGUCGAAUAUCUCAGAAAAAGCCUCUGUCUGGGAAUGACAAGUCGUCCAACUUAACUAACAAGAGUAAAGGCCCUGGAUCUCUGCAGUCUUGUGUUGAGUCUUCCUCUGCAUCUGAGACUGCUGUAUCUCAAACUGCCCCUUCUACCAACAUAUCAGUGCCAAUCCAACCUCCAGCACCAAUGCCAAGAAAAUCACAAAUAUCAAAAACAAAGCCCAAAAGAGUAAAAGCAAUCUAUAACUGUGUAGCAGAUAAUCCCGAUGAGCUAACAUUUUCAGAAGGUGAUGUCAUCAUAGUUGAUGGGGAGGAAGAUCAGGAGUGGUGGAUUGGGCACAUUGAUGGGGAUCCUAAUCGGAAAGGUGCUUUUCCUGUAUCGUUUGUGCACUUUAUUGUUGAUUAAAACAGCUCCCUGCAAGUGGAAAGUUUCCCUUUCUAGAUUUCAUUGGGACUUCCUUUUCAUCAUCAAAAUGCCUCCCUGGGAUCCUACAAAAUAACAUCGCUGAAUCUUUUAUCAUUGCAGUUCUUGAAAUUAUUUUCCAUGGGACUUUUAAAACAGCAGAGCCACUCAGAAAGGUUUGUGAUGAUUGCCAAAAGCUGCAAAAAACACACACAAGAGCUCAAAUCCAUGACAAUGUGAGAGGCAUAUUAAGAAAGCUAGAAGUUUAAUCUCUUGACUGCACUAACGUGUUACAUUUUAGUGCCAAUGUCAGGCCUACAAUAAGUAUUUAACUUUUGUGGCGAGGACGGCUUUUGAGAUCAGUUUCAGGACUGUAAGUCAACUGAAAAUUGGUAUUUCGUUUUCGUUUCUUUUGCUUUUAUUUAGUACAUUUAAAAACACUUUUGAGAAAAAUAAGAACAUCCUUCUUGGUUGUGACAUGGUGGAGUUUCUUCUUAUUCAUGUCCGCAGCCAUCCACAAUGUUCGUUGAUCAGAGAGGCAGGAUGGGGGGGGGGGGGGGAGAAGUCUUUUGCCAAAGACUUCUAAAUAGCAAUCUCAAUCAUAUUUUUUUUUUUAAAUGCAUGCAUGGAAAGGACUGAAAGUGAUAGAAACCCAGCCCUAUUUAAUGUCCCAAGUAAUAAUCUAACCACAUUUGAGGAAACCUGUAUAAGUAUACGUUCCCACAGCAUGCAUUUUUGGUUAACAGAAAAACAAAUCUAGAAUCCCCCCGAUAAGAAACCUAAGGAUUAGAUUGCUGCAAGAAAAUCCAUGUCUCCGUACAGUAGAUUCCUUUUCUCCUGUUGAAAAAGGGUUAUGAAUGCACGGGGACGAAAACAUCACUAUACAUACCCAAGCGGUGAGGAAUACGUGCUUGAAAAUGACUCUGCAUUAGGCAGCAGCAUUGGCAAACUUGGGACAUUUUGAGUCCAACGAAAAAGUCAAAACCUAUUGUAUAGCAACAGUUAAAAUAGUUUGGGAUAACCUAAUAACCUAGUCCAAUUUCCCAUUGGUUGAAGAGCCUGUGUUUCCUUACAAUGACUUUUAACUGGCACAAAUGGAGGUCUUGAGUACCUUCACUUGGUAAAUAGCGUUUUAAGAUUUUAUACCUUUGUAAUACAAAGGAAGAAAUUAGGAAUAUUUUAUCAGUUUAUGAGGAAGAGAAAGAAGGUAUUAAUUCUCCCUGCCAAUCUCCCCUUCUUGUGCAUGAAGUCAAAGAGAAAAGCUUUAAGAUAAAGCAGUCCGAGAGAGAGAGAGAGAAAUGCACAUGGGUCCUCAUAUAUAUCUCAGCGGAAGGCUGCUUCCUUGGAGUAGCAAAACGUUAAGUAAUAUGCAUAGAUAUUCAUGAAGAUGCUUGGUUAGGAGUGGCCUCAGUUGCAUUAAAGAAAUAUUUUAGUAAUUUGAUGUGUAGAUAUUUUAAAACCUGAAAUCUGAUUACCUCGUUUUAUAAGUAUGAGGUCAUAGUUUUCUAUACUAAAUAUGCAGUUAAUAUUUUAUGCCAUACAAUAAUUACCGUCAAGGUAAGGGGAGGGGGGGAAGGGAGGGGGAAAUCAGGAGGAUGCUGAUAAAUUUAAAUGGGAAAGUUUAUGAAAUAUUACUUACAGUCCUUUUCUUUGAAAACAAGUUGUAAAGCACAUAGUGGUAUGUUCAUUCUGAGAUUGCUAUGGUUAACAGUGUCGUAGUCACUGAUUCAGAACGGCCCUGCGCUAAGGUACACACCGCCUGUCGUCCCGCAAGCAGUUCCGCCUGUUUGUGGGACUUGCAUCGUGUACCGAAAUAUAUCCUAGAACAUGGUAGUUAACACUGUUAAUAAUUGUGAAUAGAUUUCAUAAUUCAAAACGAAUAGACUCUUAACAGAACAUAGCUAUGUCCUUUUAAUGUUUGUAUAUUGUGAUAUUAUUGUAACAAGUUUUUAUUUUGCAUAUGCUGCCCCAAAAUGUGCACUGGUAGCAUAGAAUUAGAAUAUCAAUGUCCAGGUCACAUUGGCUUUGGAUCACAAGUUUUGUGACUAUCGUAUCUCUAGAUUUAUCAAGAGAACUUUGAAUUUCUGACACAGAAAUUAUGUAUAUAUAUAUUGGCUAGUGGAAGUGGAAACAGAUGGGGGAAGGACCCUUUUGGUAUAUUUAUAUUGGAUGGGGGGAAAUGCUGGAUCUCGAUAUUUCUGUGGCCUUGCUGAAGUACAUUUGAGGCAAUUUGUCACAUGUAUUGAUGCAAAUCAUUUGGCUGAUAUUAAGAACAAUAGGAACGGUUGCAGUGCGAUGGAGGAGCAAACUGGAAUAUUUUCAAGCUAGUUUUGUUGUACGUUUUAAAGCUAAGUCUGCAUAUUCAAAGUUCCCAUUGAAAUAUAUAUGUAUAUUAGGAGAAUAGUUGGCCACUACACAUUUAUUCAGAGGCUGAUUAAUUCAGUUGGGUUUUCAACUCUUUUAUGUUUUAUAUGCCUGGCAAAUGCAAGGAAAUAAUUUGUCACAUUAUUUUGCACAUUACUUACAGUGUUUAACACAGAAUCUUUCAACAACUAUGUGCAAAAAUAGCCUUUCGAAGCUUCUUUAGCCUUAGAUUUCACACUGGGUAGGAUCCAAGGAACUCGACUAGAUACGUACUCCAAGAUGCUUGGACUAAAAUGGUUUUCCAAUGCCAAAACCUCUUUUGAAACCAAGGGUAACCACCAAAUAUGGAAUUUAUAACCCAUGUAGCUGUCAGACAAAAAACAAUAAAAGUCAGGAAAUUUGCCUAUAAAGAUAUGCUUAAUGUAGAGAAACAUGGCUGGAGUUAAUUUGAAAGUUUCAGAUAAUCCUGAAAAACACUUGAUUAUGGCUACUAGACAAUCUUAAAGAGUAUUUCCUCACACUACAUCAGUAUGAUAGGCUUGUAAGAAACAUUUCAAAAUACUGUUUCUGUGAUAAUGUAGCGUUAACUCAUAACAGGUCAGAUAAUCUGGAUUUUUUUAAAAAAUACGCGGAACUCUGUAAGGUCAUUCAGAUUUCAUGACUGAGCUGGCCAUGUUCAACAAACUGUUACCAAGCACAUACGAUUACUGUGUUAACUUUUUAAAGGAGCAUAAGACACUUAAAAUGCAGUUCAGAAUGCUACUUGAGAUGUAUAAUUUUUAAUGUGAUGGUUUUGACUGUUUAGUUGCAGAGCAACUGUAUACAUUGUAUAACCUAAGACCAUUUCUUAUUUUUUAGUGUCUAGAGGCAGUGAUUUAUAAUUGGAGCAUGAUUAAUUUUACUUCUGUUAACUCAGUCAUUAGACUGAAAAAAAUAAACUACUUUAAAGCCUCA